UACCUUGGUGAAUUAACAUUUCGGCUUCAUCGUUGGUGCCUUGGGGUUGUCAUUUCAGCUUCUCGUCGUUGGUGUCUUGGUGAAUUAACAUUUCAGCUUCAUCGUUGGUGCCUUGGGAAGUUGUGUGUUGUCGUUUCAGCUUCUCCUUCUCAUCAUUGGUGCCUUGGUAAAUUAAUAUUUCGGCUUCGUCAUUGGUGCUUUGGUAGUUGUGUAUCAUCAUUUCAACUUCAUUAUUGGUGUCUUGGUGAAUUCUCAUUUCAGCUUCGUUGUUGGUGCCUUGGUAAAUCAUUAUUUGGCUUUGUUGUUUGUGCCUUGGUGAGUUUUAUGUCCUUUGUCGUUGAUAUCUUGAUAAGUUGUAUAUCAUCUUCUUGGCUUCGUCAUUGGUGCCUUGGUGAAUUAUAUCAUUUAAGUUUUGCUUCUUGUAUGUUGGUUUUGGCUGACGAAGGCAUUACAACAAGGCUGGUAGAUUAG